UCCCCCCGCCGGGCGAGCCCAGCCUACGUCCCGUCCCCCCUCACCGCCCUGGUUUGGUCCGCGGGGGCGCUGCGCUGCUGAGCCGCAGGACAGGGCGCUGCUCGCCCGAUCCCAGCGCUGCCGAGCCUGGGCGGCCGGUGCCCGGAGAGGAGCCAGGGCUGGGGGGGAAGAGGCGCCCCGGAGCCCGCGCCCGCCCCCCAAGAUGCGAUGGGGGGUCCUCCUGCUGCUCGCCCUGCUGCGCGAGGCCGCGGGGGAGGCUCGCGGUAGGCUGGAGGCAGGACGCCUCCAUGGCCGCUUUUUGAAGCGGGGAGCGGGGACAAAGCUGCUGGGCUGGAGGCGGAAGACUCAGGAGAGUUUGCUGGAGACCGACGGGACCCACAUCAGCCAGGACUUGGUAGGAGGCAGCUUGGCCAUUGACACCCUGCCGGACAACGAGACGCAGAUUGUGGAAGACAACCAUAGCUACUAUGUGUCGCGGUUCUAUGGGCCAGGAGAGGCACGCACCAAAGAGCUCUGGAUCGACGUGGCAGAAGCCAACAGGAGCCAAGUGAAAGUCCAUGGGAUCCUGUCCAACAUGCACAGGCAGGCCUCGAGAGUCAUCCUGUCCUUCGACUUCCCCUUCUAUGGCCAUCACCUGCGGCAGAUCACCAUAGCAACAGGAGGUUUCAUCUUCAUGGGGGAUGUCAUUCACCGCAUGCUUACGGCCACCCAAUACAUUGCACCCCUGAUGGCCAACUUCAACCCCAGCUACUCCCGCAACUCCACCGUCAAGUACUUCGACAACGGGACGGUGUUUGUCGUGCAGUGGGACAAGGUCUAUCUUCAUGGGAAGGAGGACAUUGGCAGCUUCACGUUCCAGGCUGCUCUGCACAGCGAAGGGAGAAUUGUCUUUGGGUACAAGGAGAUCCCCAUGUCAGUCCUGGAGAUCAGUGACACGCAGCACCCUGUCAAAGCCGGCCUGUCUGAUGCCUUCAUGCUCCUCAACCCUUCCCCUGAUGUUCCCGAGUCUCGCCGCAGGACGAUCUAUGAGUACCACCGCGUGGAGCUGGACACCAGCAAGGUCACUAGCGUGUCAGCUGUGGAGUUCACCCCACUGCCCACCUGUCUCCAGCAUCAGAGCUGUGACGCGUGCAUGACCUCGGAGCUGACUUUCAACUGCAGCUGGUGCCAUGUCCUGCAGAGAUGCUCCAGUGGGUUUGACCGAUACCGUGAGGAGUGGCUGUCACAUGGCUGUGGCCAAGAGUCAGACGAGAGGACCUGUGAGGAUUGGGCAGAGAGCGACCACUACUCACUGUCCCCAAACAGCCCCUUCACGUCAUUUGAUGAAGAUGUCACUACCUCCUCUCUUUUCAUUGGCAGCCUCACCACAGAAGAUGACACAAAGCUGAAUCAGUAUGCAGGAGGGGAUGGAGUGAAAAAUGACCUUCCCACGAAGACAGGCGGAACCCCGAUUCACACCGGGACCAUCGUGGGGAUAGUCCUGGCUGUCCUGCUCAUUGCAGCCAUUAUUCUUCCUGUAAUUUACAUCAGCAGCCACCCCACCUCCAACGCUGCCUUGUUCUUCAUUGAGCGGAGACCACACCACUGGCCAGCCAUGAAGUUCCGAAACCACACCAACCACACAACAUACGCUGAGGUGGAACCUGCUGGCCAUGAGAAGGAGGGCUUUGUGGAAGCAGAACAGUGCUGAGCACAUUUCUUUUCCUUCCCCGCCCCCGCAACCUCCCUUGUCUUCAGGGUUAGAGUCUCCCGUUAUUCUAUUGCAAACGCUGUCCUCUGGAAAGGAACAGGAACCGGAGGAUUGAAAAAAUGGAGCAUUGAAAAAAAAUGAAUCAGGGCAAUGCAAGGAUGCGACUCUGCAGGACUCCUCUGGGAACAGCAGAGCCUGAAGCAGAGGCAGUGCAUAAUAAUGUCAGUCUCGGCCUGCAGUUUGGUGCCAGAGCCCUGGGGGGUGUCAGUAGGGAAAGCUGCAGUCGAGUUAGGGGUUUUUUGUGUGGUGUUGACUUCUUCCCUCGCACCUCAGGCAUCUAAGAGGAGCAGUUCCCAAUCUGGAUCGCAUCCUUUCCUCCUCCACUCAUCAUUCCACCCCACUGCUUUGAACCCUACCCCUCUCUCCUUCAAGCUGAUAUAUCUCCCCCCUGUCCAGGGAGCAAAGCAGAUUUGGCCCAUACUAAGGCUCAUGCCCUGUAAAGGAAACACCUUCAGUGGCACUUCUACAAUCAUCUGUCCUUUCUGGUCAAUCACAUUAUUUUGCUGAUGCCCCUGAGGGAGAUGUGGGGGUGGGUGAGAGACCUCAGAUCCCUUCCUCCAAACCCAGGUCCUCUUCUACUCUCAUCACAGCCGCCAAACCAGAUCAGAUUACAAUGGGAGAGGUGGGGAAAGAGUAUUAUGGAAAGUGUUAUUCUCCCAGAGCUAAAACCUGAAGUAAACUCAGGCAAAUUUUUCACUGAAGACAAUGGAAGUUUCCCCUUAGUGAGGACAGAGAUCUAGAGUUUUAACUCAGUUGCACUGUCAUAAAUCCAGAGUAACUCUAUUGGAAUCAAUGCAUCUAAAGCCUGAUCCAAAAUCCAUUGCAGUCAAUGGGAGUCUUUCAAUUUACUUCAGUUGGGUUUAGAUGAGGCCCCUACUGAGAAUUUUCACUAGUAUCACAUUCUGGCCCAGAGUAAGGACUUUAGCAUUAGACCUCUAGAGGUUUUAUUUUUCUUACCCUUUGCGAUCAGAACCAAAGACUAGUCUACAGAAAAUAAAGGCUUUAUCCUGCUCCCUUUGAAGCCAGUUGAAUAACUCCCAUUGACUCCAACUGGAGCAGGAGUGGGCCCAAAAUUAAGGAAAGACAGACACCCAAACAGACUCCAAAAGCUGGUGUGGAGUGCUAUUUGCAUUGCUAGAAGAAACAGGGUGAGUUUGUUGUGUUGUUUUUACACGGUCCUUGUCUAUUUAUUCUGAUGUCAUGUUUGGUGCAUAUUUUAUCUACUGGCUGGUUCAGCUGUCACUGGUGGUGAUUACUGCCAAAGGCAGAGUCUGUCUAAUUAAUGUUUUCUGUCUCAUGGGCUGAAUUUAUAUAGCCAUUAAGGAUAAAUAUGGAUGCUGGGUGGCAUUUAGACCCUGACUUAUACUUCUUCAGACUUAGCCACUAGGGAAGCUUUUGCUGCAUCUGAUUAUGUCAUGAAGACACCAAAAUUCUCAAAUAGGGUAAGUCAGGCAGAACCAUGCCAAGUUUUUAUGGGCCAUCAGCCCAGACAUUCUCUCUCCAGGGAUAUUUAGAAGAUAAACUUUAGCUCCAAGCAGGAUCUUGAGCUAGAAGGUUGAUUUCUCUCCUCUUGCCCUCAGUUGAAUAAGUUUAAAGGAACAUUGUCAUGUAGCGUAUACCCCAAAUCUGGCCGUCUUUAAAAUGGUUACAAUCUGGUAGGAGAUUUCCCCUGGACUUUCAGUCUCUUUAUAAAAUAAUCACAUUUUUUUCACCUGUUAGAGGUAUACAGAAUAUUAACUGGCAAAGAGAAGGUCAGUUGGAUACGCCUGUUUACCUGUCUCAUAAUACAAGAGGACAUUCGGUGACUGCGAAAUGCUCCAAAUGUAAAGCAAAUAUACUUUACACAAUGUAUAAUUAACCCAUGUAACUCACUGCCACAAAAAUUAUUGCAGCCAAGAUCUUAGUAGGGUUCAAAAGAGGAUUAGACAUUUAGAUGGAGAAUUAAAACAUGCAAAAUUGUGUUAAGUAGGAUAAAAAUGUAUAAGUUAUAUAAUAAACUGUCAUGCUUCAGGGCAUAAACCAAAGGCCUGUAAUCUGAAUGCCUGUGGUCAGGAAGAAACUUUCCUUAUGGGCAGUUAUUUCAUAGUAGCCCACUAAGCAGUUUCUUCCAUUCAGGCAUCUGAUACUGGGUACUGUCAGAGACUGGAUAUCACAUUAAUCAUUAAAUGAACAGCCAGUAUUAUCUAGUAAGGCAAUGUUCCUAAUUUCCCAGCAGUGAACAAAAAAAUUUCAUUAUUGGUUAUGCUAUGACCAUGGUUUCUGGUUUUCAUCUUUUUAAUAUUUGUGAUUUUUAUGUUAAUUUUUAGGUAAAUGUAUGGCUAAUUUUCAAGGAGCAAAAAGUUUUAUUCAGUGUUAAAAAUAUGGUUCUCCUUGAACUAUAGGAAAAAAUCAGAUCCUUCCAGAGCUCCACUUUGCUGAGCAUGACUUCUCAGCGACACUGGAAUGCUUGGGGUUUCCAUAAAUAAUGGUCAAAACUGCAAAAAUUGUAAAUGUUAGGAAUUUAUCAAAAUUGAAUUUUAAAUUUUUCUUUGGUAGGUUUUGAUAAGUUUUAUCCUAAAAUUGUCAAGCCCUGUCUCUGACUUUACAAUACGUCAUUUGAGGAGAGAGGAUCUGCUGUGUCACCAUAUGGAGAUCGUUCUCUAUGGUCAGCUAAGAGACAGUGCAGUGUGUUAGCACCUGAUGCCUCCUCUUCUGCUCUCUCUCCUAGAAGGGGACUGAACUAGAGUGCAAUUCUCCAUUAUUCACCCCUUCACCUAGCUAUUGUGGGAUCCUGUGUCAAUGUUCAGAGAGAGCAGAGAUGCAGUAUAAUGUGCUAGUACCAGCUGCCUCCUCCUUGAUCCCCUCGAGACAGAUGUGAGCAGACUAUGUACUUUCUAAGCCAACAUCACCUAGUUGUUGUGGUUGGAUCCAGAGUCACAAGUGGACCACAGAGGGGCUAAAGAAGGAAAUCACCAACACAGAGAAAACAGUGUGCUGUGGAUAGGGUGACCAGACAGCAAAUGUGAAAAAUCAGGAUGGGGGUGGGGAGUAAUAGGAGCCUAUAUAAGAAAAAGACCCAAAAAUCGGGACUGUCCCUAUAAAAUUGAGACAUCUGGUCACCCUAGCUGUGGAAUCCUGAUGACUUGAACUCCUGUUAUCCGAACCUCCCUUUCUAUGUCUGCCUGAGGCUGAAUCCUUCUCUAUUGACUGCCAAUUCAACAAAUUGGAGGGGCAGGAUAGCGGGGGGGGGCAUAGUUCAGUGGUUUGAGCAUUGGCCUGCUAAACCCAGGGUUGUGAGUUCAAUCCUUGAGGGGGACACUUGGGGAUCUGGGGCAAAAUCAGUACUUGGUCCUGCUAGUGAAGGCAGGGGGCUGGACUUGAUGACCUUUCAAGGUCCCUUCCAGUUCUAAGAGAUGGGAUAUCUCCAUUAAUAUCUAUCUAUAUAUUUGGUAUCACCCAGGCAGUUCAGCUAGCUAAGAUUUUUCUGGACAACUCAGAAUUAACCUUUGAAAUGUUAAAACAAUGUGAGUUCCCAGGGGCAUGUACUUCCCUGCAUUUCUUUGGAACCUUGGGCUUCUCUACACUACAUGUUAUGUUGGUAUAACUUACGUCACUCAGGGGUGUGAAUAACCCCCCACCCCGUGAGGGACAUAAGUUGGUGUGGACAGCGCUGUUGUCAGUGGGAGAAGCCAACAUAGCUAAUGCCUCUUGUGGAGGUAUUUUUAUUAUGCCAGAGAGAUUGCUCUCUCCCGUUGGCAUAGAGAGUCUUCACCAGAUGUGUUACAGUGGCAAAGCUGCAUUGGCUAGCCCUUAGUGUCAAGUGAGGCCAUUUGGCCCAAGUCCAUGUAAAAGCCCCUACAUUGCCCAUGCUUCAUGUGCCCAUAAGGCACAGAAAGGAGUUAGGUGGCAGCAUUGAUUUCAGAAUUAAAUGCUUAUUGGUAAAAUAUAGGAGCAUGAGUGUGGGAUGGAAGAAAACAAAGGAUCUCAGGCAUUCUUCGGUAGUGAGGUCUGGUUCUGGGAGCUCUAAGACCACUUUGGGUCAGUGGAAUCAAUAGGGAUCAACCUUUCAGCAUGCAGGAUCUCUAGUUUUCAUUGCAUGUGGCUUCACAGUGGAACAGCUCUGUAUCCUACUCUACAGGGCAGUGGUGGUGAUGAUGUUAGAGGGAGGAAGGAGAAAUAAAUGUGAAGGAUUCUCACUGCCAACCUACAAGUGCUGCACCAUCCUUCAAAGAAAUGGAGCUGGGACCAAGUAGGCUAUCAACGUAACUCAGCUGAUUUGGAGAUGCAGGCUAAUCCUGCCAUUCUCAUGUGCAAAGUUAUAGGAAGGAAUGCCAGCUGUGUGCCUAGAAGCACCUGGGUGAAGAAGGACUUUAUAUCACCUGGCUUCUAUAGCCAUGUCCUGAAGUUUCAGUUUAGAUCUGGGGUGAACACUUUGGCUGGACUUCCUCAGAAGCAAACUGUAUAAUGUACAUGUGUAUAUUGACCUGUGUAUUUUAUAGCUAUAAAAUGGGCUAGGGCUGUUAGCUGUGCUCAGUCGAUUGCUCUGCUGGUUACAGCAAGAUACAAAAUACAACCAACCACUUAUAAGGACAGCACCCUUGCACUUUGUGGCAACUGUUGAUCAUGUUGUUAGAGUGUAGCGGUGCUGCUUGUACUGAAAUGGAGAACAACAUCAGGGCAUAUAUUAACUGACCACUUCUCUGUGUGUUCAGCAGUUGGGAAAAUAUACAAUAGGCUUUAUUAAAGACAAACUAAACAAGGGCUUGUUUCUGCUCCUGCUGAAAUCAGUGGCCAAACCCCCUUUUAUUUCAAUGGGAGCAGAACCUGGCUCCAAAAUAUUUUCUGUCUUAGUAACUAACUGCCUACUUUCCACAUACUUGAAUUUACAGCACAAUUGGACUAUUUGUGGGGACUAAAGGCAGUUUAGCUGUCUUUUAAUGCAAUGUAUUGACUAUUGAUUAUCUGCAUGGAAUACAAUGUUAAUACUCAACAAAAAAACUUUUUGGACUGCUUUGUUUUCACAAUAAAAAGGGCAAAGGAUUGUUGGCAAUGUUAUGCAAACUUCUAAGCAUAAUGGAAAUAGUAUUUUAUUUAUGUCUUGUGCAUUGUUUAAUGGACACUAUCAGAAUAAUAGGCAUAUAAGUAUAUUUUUAAAUAUUUCCUUUUCUGUGUUACUAAUAGCAUAUUAGAUUAUUAAAACAGAAAGAAUUUUCAAAAACAUGGGAUGAGAUUCUGAUCUUAUUUACCAGAGUAACUCCACUAUCUUCAAUGGAACGACGCCUGAUUUGCACCAACGUAACUGAGAUCUGAAUCAAUCCUAUACUUUUAUUUUCAUUAUGUUGUUCAUUAAUCUUAUUUAGAUUUUGCAGGUUAUUCAGCUUGGACAAUGAAAUUAGGCAGGUCAGUUUCACUUUCUUGGUCUCUGGCACUAGUACCAAGGUACUUUAUAAAUGCAAAAUAGUUUAUUUUUUUGUAUAUGAAAAGAUCACUGAGGCCUUCAGGAAUCCCAUGGUUUAACCCAGUGCCCUUCUUGUACGGGGAAGGUAUAAACAGGGAAGAAUUAUAUCAUGGACAUAUUGUCAGCACCUUAGCUAUGGUGUCGAAAGGCCAGUGCUGCAAUUAGCAACAGUGGGCAACAGAUUAAUUCUAUCGAGAAUUUCACUAUGAUCACUUUUAUACAUAUAGUGUUCUCAGAAUGGUAAUGGAUACAAACAGCAAGUAUUUCCCUCAGGCUCCUCAAGGUAUAUUGCCACAGCUGGAUUUUAACCCUUUGAAUGCUUGAACUUUCCAAUUGGAUAAAGAGACAGAUCGGGGUGUGAGAGUUUAUAUGCCCCCCCCCCAAAAAAAAUGUGUGUGUGUAUGAAAAUAAAACUCUUCAAUGAAUCUUUA